ACAAGUUGAGGUUGAAGAUGUCUGACAGAUAUGUCCACCCUUUAUCUGUCCUUUCUAUUUGGUCCUGCUAUGAAUCUUCCCUUUAUUUGGCAUCAAAUAAGCCUACACUUAGACCUUCUCAUCUUGUUGUGUCUGAGAAACCUAUAUUUAAAUAUUACUUUCCUUGAACUGUGACAAUUGCAUGCCUGUGGCUGUUUCAAAGUAUAGUAUAUAUAUAAGUGUUGCUGGCUUUCAGUGCAAAUUUCUGAGCUUGAGGUAAUGAGAGCCAAGCGAGGGAAGUGCUCUGAGGCCUUUUGGCCUUCCAUUGUGAUGAAGAAAUGGUUAAAUAUAAAGCCUCAGGCGUAUGAUUUUAGUGAAGAUGAGGUUGACACUGAAACUGAGAGUGAAGAUGAUGUUUGCUCUCUUACAGAUGCCAGAAUUCACGCGGAUGAGGAUCAUGUGCUUAGGACACAGGGGAACCAGUCCAUAUGCCCCACUCAAACUUCAGAUACACCGUCCAAGGGUUAUCAGUUAAGACACAGGAGAGGAAAAUCAGAAACUUUGCGUGUGCAGUACAUAAAUACGAAGGAUUUGAGGGUGGCAAUUGGUACUUGGAAUGUUGCUGGAAGAGUUCCAGAUGAAGAUCUUGAGAUUGACGACUGGCUUCGUACAGAAGAGCCAGCCGAUAUUUACAUUCUUGGUUUCCAAGAGGUGGUCCCUUUGAACGCUGGGAAUGUACUAGGAGCAGAGGAUAGCAGGCCCAUUCCAAAAUGGGAGGCAAUCAUACGAAAAACUCUCAACAAAUCUUUGACACCUGAAAGCAAACACAAAAGCUUUAGUGCCCCACCCUCCCCAGUGUUAAGGACUUCUUCUGUUGCUGAUGUACUUGCAGCUGAGGUUGACGCUCAUCCAUUAGACAUGAUGAGCGAGGAAUAUGUCAGCACAGCACAAUGUUAUGACAUGGAAGAAGAGGCAUUGGAUAAAGUAAUGGGCAUUGGAAUGAAUUUACAAUUGAAGAGAAUAUAUGGUAUUGAUAGCGACCACAGAUUAGACUGGCCUGAACACUCAUUAGAUGCUACGCCUCAAGUGAUCUCCUCCAAUUCAAAAUUGAGGAGAGUAUUUAGCAGUUCUGGAAGAAUUGGCUUCAACUUGACAGAUAAUUCUCUACUAUUAAGUCCAAAACGUUUUGCAUUAAAUGAUGGCAGAUUGAAACGUUCGCACCAUAGCUCUGGUAAUCUAGGCUUGAUGUGGAUGGAGCAGCAGCAAGAGAAACCUGAAGUUCUUGAUUCUCUCUCUGAUGCGUACAGCACAUUUUCUGAUGAGGAAGAUGACAACUUCUGUGAAUUACCACAGGAGCAGUAUAAUUAUGAAGUAAUGAAAAAUAGUUGGAAGUCAUGUCCUAGUUACGUGCGAAUUGUCAGCAAGCAGAUGGUAGGAAUUUACGUAUCGGUUUGGGUGCGUAAGAGUUUGAGAAGACAUAUUAACAAUUUGAAAGUUUCUCUUGUUGGAGUUGGCCUGAUGGGCUACAUGGGAAACAAGGGGUCUGUUUCUGUUAGCAUGUCUUUGUUUCAAUCACGGAUGUGCUUCGUAUGUUCUCAUCUGACCUCUGGUCAGAAGGAUGGGGCUGAUCAGAGGCGUAAUUCUGAUGUUUACGAAAUCAUACGACGAACCCGUUUCUCAUCUAUCUUCGAUGCAGAUCAACCAGAGACAAUUCCUUCACAUGAUCAGAUAUUCUGGUUUGGAGAUUUGAAUUAUCGUAUCAAUAUGUUGGAUACGGAAGUGAGGAAUCUGGUUGCUCUGAGAAGAUGGGAUGAACUUCUCAACAACGAUCAGCUAAGCAAAGAACUCCGGAGUGGGCAUGUGUUUGAUGGAUGGAAGGAAGGGGCUAUAGACUUUCCACCUACUUACAAGUAUGAAAUCGACUCUGAUAGAUAUGUUGGUGAGAACCCAAAAGAAGGGGAGAAGAAGAGAUCUCCAGCCUGGUGUGAUCGUAUACUGUGGUUAGGAAAAGGUAUAAAACAACUUUCCUACGAGCGGGCGGAAUUAAGGCUCUCAGAUCAUCGACCUGUUAGUUCAAAUUUUUUGGUUCAAGUUGAAGUCCUAGACCAUAGGAAGCUGCAAAGGGCUCUCAAUUUCACUAGUGUGGCCGUACAUCCUGAAAUUUUCCUUGACGAAGAGAAUUAGAGUCUCAGUGAAUACCAGGGGAAUUGCAAAUCAUUUUGGCAAGGUUGCAAGAUUGGUAUCUUGUUUGAUAAUGGGAAGUCAAGAUGCCACCCACCAAGACCAUCACUGCCCGAGUAGCUUACAAGAAGUGAGAGUUUCUGUUAAGUAUUAAUGCAGCUGGGAUCACAAGUAAAGCCCGAGUUAGGUUAUACAAUCCAAUAAGUUAACGGGAAUAGCGGGUGAAUGUAUAUAGUUAAAGCUAAUCCAUUUCCAUUUGUGUUUUGUUUUCGAUUACGUUGUAUUGUGGGUCUGUAUAGGUUUUUUUAUUUUUUUUAAAAAAAAAUAGAAGAAAAGAAAGAAAGAAAGAAAGAAAGUUGGUGAUGGUUUUGUGGAGUUAAUAUGAAUGUCAUUUUACAGCUGACUAA